GUUUCUCUCUCUAUGAAACGUAAUGAGCUGCUUUCACUCUCUCUCUCUUCAGCCACUGAUGCACCUCAGUUUCUCCGACUGCCGCCGUUUCCGCCGCGCUGCAGUCACAUCCGCCGCGCGGCGCCACCACCGCCGCCGUCUGCUCAAGUAUUCGCCCAAUUAUCUGUCGGCGACGCCUGAGCAUCAUCAGCCGGCCGUAUUCAAGCUCUCCGACGACACGCUCCAGAUAAACCUAAAAUCCCCUUCCACCGCGCUCCAAAAGCUCGAUACGAAGCUCCGCGAGGCUCUGGAUGACCUCAGGACUACCGUCGCCGUCGACGCCAGCACCGGUGCGGUCGUGAUUUCGUGCAGGAGGUCGACCGUUGAGUUUUUCUCGGCGCUGUUUGUUUCCGGUUUGGUGCUUGUGGUUGUUUUUAGGAGUCUGUUCAGAAUGCGGGAGAGUGGCGGCGAAGUGCUGAUUUACAAGAGGGAUAGGAGUCUGGGCGGGAAGGAAGUGGUGGUUGGGAAGAGGGAGGAUAGUUGGCCCACGAGGCGGCCAUCUGCGACGCCGUUGAGCUCGGAAAAUGGGGAUUAUUAUGACCGGGGUAAAAGAAAUGGAAGGAAUAAUGCGUUGAGGAGGAGGAGGAAGGAGGAAUUGCCUCAGUGGUGGCCCAAGGUUGUGAGUCAAGGUCCCGUUGAUGUCGAAAAUAAAGAUGAAUACCAGAGAUUAGCUAACCAAUUGAUUCAAGUAAUCAUGGAUCGAAAAAUGAAUGGGGAGGACAUUUCAACAAAUGAGAUAGUACAGCUACGUCACUUAUGCAAGACAUAUGGAGUCAGGGCCUUCAUUAGCACUGAAAAUGCACGCAAUUCACUUUACCGUGUGUCAGUUAAUUUUGUUUUGGACUACUGUGCAAGCAUACCGGAUUUAUCCUCCUCAAUUGAGAUUAACGGUGAGGGUGUGCGCGAGUUCAUAGCUGGAUUUUCUGAUAACCUUGGGCUUGAUAGUUAUCAUGCUGCAAGAAUGGUAUCUGCAGCUGUUGCUGCACGCACACGGUCAAAAAUCCUACAGGCUUGGGCGCUAGAAGUCCAAAAUAAACAUUCUGAAGCACUAGUCGAGCUAUUCAAAGUAUGUCUAAUUCACCGGAUCUUCCCUCCUGAGGAGAACUCGCCUGAGAUGGAAAUGGUAGCUCGAAGCCUUGACAAGUCCUUAAACAUAGAUCAAAGAGAACAUUUGUUGAACUCCUUUAUUUCUGUUUGUGGUGACAAUAUUGAUCAAGGUGUCGUGGAAGCACUGGGUCUGGUUAGUGCCAAAGAUGAGCAGGGAACCCAGCAUGUUUUAUAAUGCACACACAUUUCGGAACAGGACUACCACAAUGUACGAUAUUCGAAUCACAUAGGUUUUUUUAGGUCUGCAGCAACUGCUGGAGCCUGGGAAUUUUUGCCUUGAUAAAGCUCCUUCAAGCAGAUUAACUCAUUUCGCUUUAGUCUCGAGCAAUUUGGAGAUUGAAUUCGUCGAUACUUUUGCUUUUUCAGAUAAGAAAUGUAUGUUAGUAGGCUGAUGUAGUGACCAUAAUCAACAUCUGGCGAAUAUGCUAGCUUCUUCUAAUACAUGUUCAUGGUUAUGUA